UAUAGUGUUGAGGGCUAUGCAUUUGUCUUUCAAAAUAUUUUUGCUAAUGCUGCUGUUGACCGUUCAGUUCUGGCCAGUAGUUCCGGGUUGGUUCAUUCAUUUAAAACGAUAGCUCCGAGAGUACUUAAAGUACCCAAAAUGGACGCUGACACUAAUACAUGUGUGAACAGUUUCUCGUUAAAUCCUCAACCCAGGCCUGAAAAUAGGACAGAAAGGGAGACAACUCUUGGGUCAUUCCAUGACACGUCUGAAUGCGAUGUUGUAAUAACGGCGAAAGAUAAAUCGAAUUUGGAUAAGUCGGAUGACGCCGUCAAAAACGGAAAACUCCUUGAGUCUCCAGCAAUGGACAUUUCCAUGGUGUCCACUCCUCUGCUGGAUAGGUGCGACCAGCUGUAUCCUCACGGCUGCUACAGCCGUUUCGUAGCGAGGGUAGAAGACAAGUUUGACAAACUGUGGCGACGCCUCAGGAGAAAAGUGUACAUCUUCAUCAGAAUAGUAGCGUGUUUACUGUAUUUAACAUACUUUGGAUAUUGUGUUCAAUAUAGGUACUUUGAUGAGGGCUCCUAUGUGCUGACUGCAGUCACUGUCGUUUUGAUCAGUGUGGUCUGUGUGAGGUUGACCAGUGGCUGUAAACUGGACUUACUAACAAAACUGUACUACACUUUACAUAGUCUGAUGAAAAAAAUAUUAAGUUUUAGAUUUUAUAUAAAAAUUUUUCUCUAUUUAGCAGUGACCAUUACAUUGUGUGUAUAUCUCGGGGUCUCGGUCAUUUCACAAAGCCCAAAGAAUGUCCAAGCAUUGGUUGGUCUGUUCAUCCUUGUGACCAUCUGUUUUCUGCUAUCAGUCAGCCCUAGCAGGGUUGAUUGGCAUCCAGUAUUCUGGGGGUUCGUCCUCCAAUUUUCUUUCGCCAUUCUGACUCUUCGAACAGAAGUUGGUUACGAAAUGUUCAAGUGGGUCGGCGACCAUGUCACUUUAUUUGUACGUUUUUCUGACAGCGGUGCAGCAUUCGUGUUCGGGGAUAGUUUCAGAAACACCAGAGCAGGCUUCUUCUUCGAGUCCGCUGGUGUGAUAGUGUUCUUCAACUCUUGUAUAUUUGUACUUGACUACUACGGUGUGUUAGAACUCGUUGUCUUAAAACUAGGCCGAGCCAUAUCUUUGUGUCUGAACACUGGUCCAGUAGAGUCGGUUGUAUCGGCCGCCAACAUCUUCAUUGGUCUGUCUGAGGCCCCGCUGUUUAUCCGCCCCUACCUUCCCACCAUAACAAAGUCGGAACUCCACGCUGUCAUGACUUGUGGGUUUUCCAGUAUAUCCGGGGCUUUUAUGGCCAUGUUCAUAAAAUCUGGGGCCCCAGCAAGUCAUCUGUUGACAGCCGCCAUUAUCUCCGCUCCUGCCGCGCUGGCCAUCUCCAAACUUAUGUACCCAGAGAUGGAGACUGUAGACCUGGAGAAACAAAAAGACAUACGCGCCAGGGACGAAAGCUCUCCUAAAACGCUGGUCCAAGCCGCGUCAGACGGUGCGGCAUUCUCCACGAAGCUGGUGGCGGCGAUUAUGGUCAACAUGAUGGCCUUCGUGUCCAUUUUAAGCUUGACCAACGCCACUUUGGUCUGGCUUGGUGAGAGGGCUGGAGUCCAGGGAAUGACCUUUGACUUCCUGUGUUCCUAUUUGCUGUACCCAGUAGCAUUUUUGAUGGGAAUCGACUCUGAAGACAGUGGCAAAAUCGGAUCUCUGAUGGGGGUGAAAUUUAUUGCGACGCCGUUCGUUGCCUACGCUGAUCUAGGACGAAUGAUAAAGAAUCGUCAUGUUUUCGAGAGCUAUGCAAGCAACUCCAAUGCUUCGUGGUACGUGUCGGGUGAAGACGUCAUCCUUACGGAGACCAAUACCACACUCUAUAAAGGUUUUAUGUCGGAGAGGUCAGAGGUCAUCACUACAUAUGCCCUGUGUGGCAUCUCUGCCUUUCCAGCUAUUGGGUUUUGCUUGGGCACGCUGGUGCCUAUGUGCCCCAAAAGAAAAGAUGAAAUUAUCUCCUUGGUGCUGAGAGCCUUCCUAGCCGGCAACAUGACAAACUACGUUACAGGGGCAGUUGCAGGAAUUAUGUUCACAUCCUAACAUCGGUCUCAUCAAUGCUCCAAUAGACAAGACCUAUGCCUAACUACAUUACUGUUGCUGUAAGAGAGAUUGAGGCGGAGCCAUAACGCUGAUUAUGGAAGAGAUUUAAGAAUAAAACUUAUGGUAAUGAAUAUGUCACGGUCUCGAUCUUCUAUAGGACGAGAAAUAUUGUUCAUGUAAAACUCAAAUAAACUCAAAUGUUUGUUUCUA